AUGAGUCAGCUCGCCGAAGACCCGGUGACUUCGCGUUCGGGCGGUCCUCACGUUGGCAAGCUGAAGGUUCUGCUCAAGCAGGAGGCUAUUCGUGUCGAUCACAAUGCGGAGAACACCUUGACCAUGAAGCAGGUUUUCAAGAACCAUCCUGCUGUUGUGUGGUGGUGCUUCUUCUGGGCCAUGGCUGCUGUUGGCUGGGGAUUCGAUGCCCAGGUCAACGGAGGCAUGCUCGCUGUCAAGUCGUUCCGUCGUGACUUUGGGUACAUCUUCGAGGGCGAGCCUGUCCUGCCCGCCAGCUGGCAGAGUGCGUUCAACGCCAUCUCUUCGGUCGGGCAGUUUGGCGGCGGCUUCCUCUGCUCGUAUCUUGCAGAUCGCUACGGUCGCAGGUGGUCACUUCUUGGCGGCGUUGUCAUUACGACUGGCGGCAUCAUUGGCGAGAUCCUCUCCACCACCAAUGUCGCUUUCCUCAUCUCGAAGCUCAUUCUCGGUGUCGGCCUCGGCUUCUACCUGACGAUUGCGCCACUGGCCACGUCUGAGAUAAGCCCCGUCGUCUUUCGAGGCAUCGCAACGGCAGGCGUGCAGUUUGGCAUCGGAUCUGGGCAGCUUCUCUCUAAUGCUGCCAUCAAGGCCUUUGGCGAAUGGGAGAGUCGCUGGGCUUAUAGGGCACCCUUUGCCCUCCAACUCUUCUUCUGUGUCUUCCUUCUAGCUGGCCUCCCUUUUGCGCCCGAAAGCCCGUGGUGGCUGGCACGCAGAGGCAAGCGUGACGAGGCCAAGAACGCUCUGAUACGACUUUACGGAUCCGGUGUCGAUAUCGACAUCAAACUGGCCGCUUUGGAAACCACUAUUGCUGAGGAAGAGGCUGCCAGAUCGAGCCAAGGGUCUCUCAUCCAGUGUUUCCGGGGCACCAAUCUCGUCCGUACCUCGAUCAGUAUCUGCAUUUUCCUCUGCCAGCACUUCACUGGAAUCAUCUUUGCUCUCGGAUACUCGUCCUACUUCUUCCAGCUUGCCGGCCUCGAGACCUGGAGGAGCUUUGAUCUUGGUGUAGGAGUCACGGCUGCAGGUGUUGGCGCCACAGUCAUCAGCUGGUUCAUUAUCGAGAUAGUUGGACGUCGCAAUCUUUUCCUUUUGGGAUUGGUAGUACUUACUACCAUUCUAAUUCUCAUUGGCAUUCUCGAUGUUAUUCCAUCGGCAGGAGCCAAGUGGGCUCAGGCUUCACUCACCAUCGUCUAUAGUUUCUUCUACUUUGCGACACUCGGAGCUAUGGCUUUUGCUAUUUUGGGAGAAGUCAGUAGCACCUCUCUCCGAGCGCCAACCAUUGCUAUCGCCACUGCCACCCAGGCUGCCAUUGGUACGCUCUUCAACAGCAUGAUCCCAUACAUGAUCAACCCGGACGAAGGAAACCUCAGAGGCAAAGUUGGCUUCAUCUUUGGAGGUCUUUCUGCCGUUGCAACUGUCUGGGCCUUUUUCUUCGUCCCUGAGCUCAAGGGCCGACCUUUUGAUGAGAUUGACUACAUGUUCCAAAGCAAGGUGUCUCCACGCAGAAUGGGAUCAUAUGUCGUCAGUUUGUGA